AUGUUGGCUGGACCCCACAAGAACAUGGAUCUCUACAUACCUAGGAAAUGCUCAGCCACUAAUAGGCUGAUCACGUCCAAGGAUCACGCGUCCGUCCAGCUCAACAUCGGGCAUUUGGAUGAGGCUGGUCGUUACAUUGGUCAAUCCACAACUUUUGCCCUCUGUGGAUUCAUCCACGCCCAGGGUGAUGCAGACAGCGCCAUUGAUAGGCUCUGGCAAAAGAAGAAAGCAGAAGUGCAUCAGCUACAUGGAUCUUGA